CCGUCGCAUACACUACUCACAGCGCCAUGCCGGCUAUCCAGCCGGUGCCAACGUUUGCGACGGUGGGUCCGAUGUCGCCCAGCGCGACCAUGACGCGAGUGCAACCCGUCAAGCCGAGGCGUCCCAUCCCCAAGUUUCAAACGUCAAUGAGUUUGUCCGCCCAGUUCCUAAAUCGCAUCACUCGGUCGCCGUCCAAAUCCCCCUUCAUCAGCACUACUGCGUCCAUCCGACACCAUGCGUGGUUCCGCGCGAUCCAUCCUCACAGCGCCAUGAUGAAGAACUGGGAUGUUCUGUCCAUCGCGCUCAUCGUGUUCACAGCGGUGGUCACUCCGUUCGAAACCGCCUUUGCCGUGGCGACAGUCGACUCGUUUUUAUUUGUUUUGAAUCGCAUAGUGGACAUUUGCUUCUUCGCCGAUGCCAUUCUACACUUCUUCGUCAUGUACUACGACGAAGCCAACAGCGUAUGGGUAUCCGACCGGCGCAAAAUCACAUGGAAGUACCUCACGGGAUGGUUUCUCCUCGAUUUGAUCUCGAUGCUUCCGUUCGACGUGGUCGGUCUAGCCGUGGACAACAACACCGUCAAGCAGCUUCGGUUUACUCGUGUGCUUCGGCUGUUGCGACUCAUGAAAAUCCUCAAAGUCCUGCGCGGCGCCAACAACUUUCGCAUUUGGGAGUCGAAAAUGAGCAUCAACUACGCUACGAUUGCGCUCGUCAAGUUUUGUCUGCUCGUGUUCAUGUCGUCGCACUGGAUGGCGUGCAUCUUUCGCAUGGUUGUGGACAUUGAAGAGUUUGUCGACCCCCUCGGGUUCAAGUUCAACUGGAUGACCGAACACACCAUGGGCAGCAUCCCCAUCUCCAAGAGCUCGCUGGGCAUUCAGUACAUGAGCGCGCUGUACUGGUCCGUCAUGACCCUCACGACCAUCGGGUACGGCGACCUCGUGCCCACCACCCCCGGUGAGCGCAGCCUCGCCAUCACGUGCAUGCUCAUCGGCGGCGGCACGUACGCGUACGUCGUGGGGUCGGUGUGCCAGAUCCUCAACUCGAUGGACGCAUCCACGACAGAGUUUCACCAAACGAUCGACACUCUGAACGAGUACUGCCACCACAACCAACUCCCGAGCGAAUUGUCGGCACGGCUACGCGAGUACUUUCACUCGAGCCGGACGCUGCUGCGAGAGAGGCAGCAUCACAACCUCCUCCUAACCAUGUCCCCCGGCCUACGGGGUGAAGUCGCCUUGUACAACAACCAGUGGAUCGCAAAGAUUGAAUUUUUCAACUGCAGCAAUGAUUUCGAGCGCAACCAGUUCAUUACGGCGGUGGCGCUGCUUCUACGGCACGAAUGCUUUCCCCCAAACGAAUAUGUCAUUCGAGAAGGGGAAUUCAACACGAAAAUGUACCUCGUCCAGCGCGGAUUGGCCACCAAAGGCAAAGUCAUGUAUACGGGGGGCACAUUUUUUGGCGAAGAUAUUAUAUUAACACUGCGCCAGCGCAAGAUUGCCGUGCGGGCGUUUUCAUAUUUGCACGUGCAAGCACUGUCCAAGUUUGAGCUCGAGGAGCUAAUAUAUUCGGGUUUAUACCCCGAAAUCCAGCGCAACAUUCGGCGCCAAGUGCUCAAGACGGCCUUUAAGAACAACUUUGUCAAGCUCAGCCAAGACACGAUCCGGCGGCGGAACUCCAACCACCGGAUGCGGAAUUCCGUGUCGUCUAACAUGCCUCCCAUGAUGAGCCCCAUGCUGCGCUCGACCCUCGGACUCAACGUACCAAUCGGGUUCUACCAUGAUUUUCUGCCGAAACAAUCGCCCCCGCCGGCGAAAUUGGAGAAAGACAACGACACUGUGGACAACAUCGUCGAGGGCGUGUCCAACCUCAUGGACGCCAACAUCGCAAAGUUCGACGAAGGACUGACGAAGAAGAUCGACCAAGUGCUCGCGCAGCUGGAACGACUCGAGAAGUACGUGGCCCCAAACGUGAUCUUCUCGCCCGCCCCCGCCAAGACCAGCACCCCCCCAUCGACGAGUCCGUUAGAACGCCAGAACAGCACCGCCUACUUGGAAGCCGUCCAGCAGCUAGAGCGCGGGGAGAUCCGCAGUUUAGUGCGCGCCAACAGCAACCGCCGCCGGUCGUCGCUGCCGAGCCAGAUAUAUUAACUUAUUUCAGUAAAAUGAUACAAGUGCAAAUCUUUGAAA